AUGAUCAUCGGGCAACUAUUCCGACUGAAAAGUCCCAGGGACCCCGCGAAUAUUCGUGAAGUUCGCAAGCACCUUCUCCCCGCUCGCCUCGUUUGCCGACGAUGGAAUUCUAUUGUGACUGAACACCUGUAUCAAACCCUGGAGCUAGCACACACUGGAACCGUCAACGGCGACGAGACUGGGUUUGAAGGCUGGAACAAGACUCUCGAUAUCGAAGCCGCCAGGAAUGCUGCUGAACCCGUCAUCAUCCAGAGCUGCUCCGAGAAAUCAAGGCAAUUUGGGGACUGGGAAAACUGGAAGAAUGGAGAGUAUGAUGCUUUCACAUCAGCCAUUAAACGGAUCAAACAGUUGCCAAACAUCAGAGCUAUCGAACUGCACUUCAGCGAGAAAUGCAAAGGCCGGUGGUCCAAUCUCCAUAACCCGUGGAACGACGUUGAGCCUAGCGAGACCCGACUACCUUAG